GUCGCUGCUCGGGCGAGGUAGCGACAGGUGCGCUGGGCUGAGCACCGGGGACCCGCGGCGGGGCUGGCUGCAGCGCUGAGGAAAGACCGCCUUUAGCGAGUUAUCCGUGCACAAGAUGGAACCCUCUCCAUUUAAUAGACAGCAAUGGACUUCAGUAUCCUUGAGAGUAACAGCCAAGGAACUUUCUCUUGUCAACAAAAAUAAGUCAUCAGCUAUUGUAGAAAUCUUCUCCAAGUACCAGAAAGCAGCUGAAGAAGCAAACACAGAAAAGAGAAGUAACACUGAAACUCCCCCCCAGCACUUUAGAAGGGGGAUCCUGUCUGAGCUGAAGGAGAAGUGGGAGAGCCCGGUAGCUCGCACAGACUCCCUGCAGAAGAGCAGCACUGAGACCAGACCCCGAGGCCACCCUCCUCCCGUCGAAGUGGCCAGCAGUUCUGAUCCAGGGCUCAGGGCUGACCAAAAGGAGCCAGUCCUUCCCAGAGCUAGCUUCAGAUCACUGCCUGAAGCCCGUUCUCGGAAUUCUCACAUCCGGGACGGUGAACAGAGCUCAACGGAAAGUGAAAAAAUGGAAAAUUGUCUGGGAGAAUCCAGGCAUGAAGGAGGAAAACCUGAAAACAGUGAAAACGCAGAAGCUGCCAACAAAGUCGAGAAAUAUAAUGUUCCGCUGAACAGGCUGAAGAUGAUGUUUGAGAAAGGUGAACCAGCUCCAACCAAGAUUCUCAGGGUCCAAAGCAGCAGAAGUCCUGGUGGAAGGAGGAUCUCGGAGAACAGCUAUUCUCUGGAUGAUUUGGAAAUAGGCACAGGCCAGCAGUCAUCUUCUGCGUUCAACUCAGAGAAGAGUGAAAGUAGACGGAUUCUGGAGUUGCCCCGCUUAUCGGAAACCUCCAUCAAGGAUCGAAUGGCCAAGUACCAAGCGGCUGUAUCCAAACAAAGCAGUUCCACCAGCUACACAAAUGAGUUGAGAGCCAAUGGUGCUGAAAUCAAAACUCAUAAAUUAGAGCAAAAAGAGAAUGUGCCCCCAGGUCCAGACGCCUGCAUUUCCCAUCAGGAUGGAGAAAAGGUUUCUGCAACUGAAACUAGCCCGCCUGUCCGCUCCCCUCCUGCUGACAGUGAUUCCCGUAACGCUCAGGUUAAGAAAGAGGCCCAGCAGUCUGUUCUUCAGAAGCCACCAAGUCCAGAUGCCAGAGCUUCGAAUCUUUCUGAAAUUCCUCUCAAAGCAGUGAAGAAGUUCCAGGCCCCUGCCAGAGAAAUCUGUGUGGAGUGUCAGAAGACCGUCUACCCGAUGGAGCGGCUCCUGGCCAACCAGCAGGUGUUCCACAUCAGCUGCUUCCGUUGCUCCUACUGCAAUAACAAGCUCAAUCUAGGAACAUACGCAUCUUUGCGUGGACAAAUCUAUUGCAAACCUCACUUCAAUCAGCUCUUUAAGUCUAAAGGCAACUACGACGAGGGCUUCGGGCACAGACCACACAAGGAUCUGUGGUCAAACAAAAGUGAGAAUGAAGAAGCUUUGGAGAAACCUGCCCGAGUUCCAAAUGCAGGCGAACCGCCUCAGAGCCCAGGGGUGGAAGAUGCCCCCAUUGCUAAGGUGGGUGUGCUGACCGCCAGUAUGGAAGCCAAGACCUCUGCCAGCCCGCGGGAGAAAGAAGACAAGCCAGCUGAAACCAAGAAGCUGAGAAUUGCCUGGCCACCCCCCGCAGAACCGGGCAGCCCAGGAAGUGUCUUGGAGGAAGGGAUCAAAGUGUCCAAGCCCAAGUGGCCGCCAGAGGAUGAAAUCAGCAAGCCCGAAGCUCCUGAGGAUGUGAAUCAGGAUCUGAAGAAACUCAGGCGCUCUUCUUCACUGAAGGAGAGAUGCCGGCCGUUCACAGUCGCAGCUUCGUUUCGAACUGCUUCUGUCAAGAGCCCUAAAACCCUGUCCUCACCCACCAGGAAAGGCUGGGCCACUGCAGGGCAGAAUGAGGAGCUGGCCGUGGGAGCCGCGGCGGAGCAGAAGCAAGGCCAAGACGCCUGUGACUCGGAGCAGCAAGAAGCGGUAGGGAAAAUCAAGUCCAAAUUUGAAUCACCAAAUCAGGAAUCAUCAAAGGGAGCGGAAGGCGAGAGGGAAAACAGAGAAGGGCACAGCUUGGAGAUGGAGAGCGAAAAGCUUCUAGAAAACAGAGCAAACCUGGAGGAAGAUGAUAGCCACCAUCUCAAAGCGCAACCGCCCGCAGAAACCAAGGAUGCAAAUUGGUCCGGCUUCGCGAGUGACCCUUCCAGCAAAGAAUUCACGAGUCUGAAUCCACCAUCCCAGGAGGACGGGUUCUGGGAGGGAGAAGACCAAGAGCUCUCUGUAGAAGAGCAGAUAAAGAGAAAUCGGUACUACGAUGAGGAGGAGGAGGAGGAAUGACAGAUUAUCUCGGUGCUGGGCCUUAAAUUUGUGUUAGUGUUAGUGAGCCAUUGCCCUUUAUCAGAAUGAUUCAUGUAAACAGGCAUUUUAGCAUGAACUAUAAUUUAUGUGGAAGUAACUGCAGGAAAGACUUCCUGCUUGCAAACAAAUCCUGUACUACAAUUCAGGCCAACCAAUUCUAAAUGCUAGGAACAAAACAUAUUACUUAAAUUCUCUGUUUCAGUGACAACAUACGUUAAGUGCAUUAGGUCUUGUAAGGGGGGAGCUAUUCCAUCUCCGGAUUCUACUGCGUUUCAAAAGGCAGUAUGGAACUAGCUAGAUUAAGAGGACAUGAUUACUCUAAAAGUUCACUUGUGGAAUUAGGAAACGGAAGGUAGGGACUUGGAGUUCUAAACAUUGUAACCGGAUACACUAGUAUAAAGGGCAUAGUUUGUUUAUUCUUAAAUGAAUACCUAUAUGAUUAUUUAGUAUCCAUUUAUUAAAAAAUUAAAUAUUUAAGUCUUUUUAAAUUUUUUUGGUUAAUUUUCUUACUCUUAAUACAUAUGGGGAACCUAUUGCUAUACAUCCUAUUCUUUAAACCACAUCCUUAACUGGAUUACUGAAAUAUGACAUCCUUUUUGCA